AUCAGGCAGGUGGGCCCGAUCGGUUUUGCUCUCCCAGCUGUGUCUAUAGUCAGCUCUCUCUGGAGACGGUGACAUUUGAAAGGCUUCGCUCCUCUCCAGGCUGCGGCAAUAUAGAUCGAGAUCUCGUCUCAGCAAGAGGAGCUAGAGGUGUGGUGGUACGAGGUCUUGCUGCGUUGAUUGCCAAGCCGCCUGUAAGCUGGUCUGAUGGACGAAGAGGAUGAAGCUCGUGGAUCUCCUGGGAGAAGGCCCUGUGGCUGAAGAUUUGUCACCUGAUGAUGUUGUUUGGGCAUCAGAAGACUUAGAGGAGCAGCCAGGGUUGACCUCACGUCUCUCGGUGAAGCAUGUUGUUGAGGUCGUCCAGAAAUUUGAUGAUUACAAGAGGUGGCUUGUGGUAGAGAUCGGUUUCGAGGGAAUGCUAAAACUACCAUUGCUGAAAAAGAUAGAUCUGAGGAUGAGCGCGUGGGUUAUGAGGAAGGUGAAGGUGAAAUCGCGCACAAUUUGUGUAGAUGAAGAUCGUGUGAUUUUGUUUACGCCAGAGGAUUUUCAUAAAAAUUUUGGGGUCCCUUGUGGCAACCGGGCUGUUCGUGGGAGGGACGGUGAAAUCAGUAGCGCAGCAAUAGAAUUUAUAAAGCAGACAAUUGGGAUGGAUGGAUCACCUGCUCAAAAUCUUACAAUUGCAGAAGAUUUUCUAAACAGGGAUAUUUCAGAACAAUCUAGCAAGAUUGAGAAGGAUUGUUUUCAGAUUGCAUUUGUUGUUUUUGUCAUGGGAUACCUGUUGUGUCCAAGUACGAAGCAUGAGUACAAGGUGAUUGAUUUUUGGGGUGCUGUGUCUAAUCCAGAGUUGAUAUCACAAUUCAAUUGGUGCGAAUAUGUUGUUGAUUAUCUUAUGGCAGCUGUGAGGAAGUUGCAGUCCAAGUAUGAGAACAAGGCGCAGAUAGUUCAUCUGUUUGGUUGCCAUCUGUUCUUUCAGGUUUUCGUGCUGGACAACAUUGAUCUUGGGAUUUUCAACAUGCAGCAUUCUGUGUUCCCUCGCAUACAAUGCUUUCAUCAGAAAAGACUUUGGCAAAUGAUCUUGAUGGCGCGGUGCGAGCAGCAGGGGGUGGUAACAUAUGUGCCAGCAGCUGUGAGGCCUGCAGAUUCAGUGUGCUAUACUCGGGCAGUUGCGGCCAGUCCGUCGUGCAGAGGUGUGGCAUCAAUCCCAUCUUCUUCAAAGCAACCAGUGGUAGGGUUAGUUGAUACCCCCAAUCAUGGAGCAUCGAUGGCUUCUUCAAAUGUCAAGACAGGUGCAUUCAACUUUCUAGGAGAUCCUAUGUCAGCAAGUCGGUCAGUCGGUCCCGUUGAUUUCAGCAAGUAUCUCCCUCAGAUUUGCAAAGAUGAUCCGGUGCUGGAGGAGAUGAGCCUCAUGUUGAAACAGCACAAUGCGAAGUGUAUUUUGAGUACUACUAUGUUGCGUAACCAGUUGCAGUCCGAUAUGUUCGCUUUCGCUGAGAAAAUGGUUCCGUUUGUAAAAGACCGGUGCAGAUGUUGUGCAAAACGAGUAUUAUCCAAGUGCAUUACACUUUCCAGAACUGGUGAAGAGGAAGGUGGUGCAUCACGGGGAGGAGUGUUCGAAGUGGGGCGUCGUUUACAGAUGUCUGAUGAUGAAGGUUUUUUCUAUUCGGUAUGGGAAUUCAGGGUUGUAUUCACGGGUUCUCAGAUGCGCGGGAUGGCAUUGAUGAUGCUUAUCAGCAAAGAAUAA